AUGAACAGAGUUGCAGCAGCUUCUGGUCCUCCAAGUGAACCAAAAGAAGAUGAUGAGCUAAUAGAAAGAGAUGAGGAGUCGCCACCAAUUGUUAAACGCAAAAAGAAGAAAUCCAAAUCACGCGAUGUUGACAGAGAUGAUGAUGAUGAUGAUGAUGAAUCGCAUUCUGUUAAACGAAAAAAGUCCAAAAAAUCACAGAAUGUAGAUGAAGAUGAAGAUGAUGAUGCUGAUGAAGGGCCACAUUCAAAAGAAAUAAAAAGUCCAAAAAACCAAAGAAUGUAG